AUGAAUCGCAGACAGUUCUUGUCCUCCCACUGCAGCCAUGACAGCUCUGGGGGUGGUGGGGGCAGCAAGAUGUUCUCCUGCAGCCGCAGCAGCUUUUCAGGAGCUGGUGGAGGAGGGGGCCGAUUCAGCUCUUCUAGUAGCUUCGGAGGGGGCAGCUCUGGGGCUUGUGGGAGGGGAGGUGGUGGCAGUUUUGGAUCUAGCUACGGUGGAGGAUCUGGGGGCGGUUUUAGUGCUGGUAGCUUUGGGGGACAUUCUAGGGGCUUCAGUGGUGGUUCUGGAGGAAGCUUUGGGGGUGGAUUUGGAGGAGGCUUUGGGGGCUUUAGUGGUGGUUCUGGAGGAGGCUUUGGGGGGCCUGGGGGAUUUGGCAGUGGCUUUGAUAGUGGUGCUGGUGGUAUUCUGGGUGCUGAUGAGAAGACCACCAUGCAGGACCUCAAUUCCCGGCUGGCCUCCUACUUGGAUAAGGUGCAGGCAUUGGAGGAUGCCAACAAGGAACUGGAGAGUAAGAUCCGGGAGUGGUAUGACAAGCAGGGGCCUAGGGCCUUCCAUAGGAAUUACUCCCCCUACUAUGACACUAUUGAAGACCUCAAGAACCAGAUUGUGAACAUCACAGUGGACAACAAUAAGACCCUCCUGGAUCUUGACAACACUCGAAUGACAUUGGAUGACAUCAGGAUGAAGUGUGAUAUAGAGAACAACUUGCGACUAGCUGUGGAUGCUGACAUCAAUGGCUUGCAGAAGGUGCUGGUUGACCUGACCAUGCAAAAGUCUGACCUGGAGAUGCAGUAUGAGUCUCUGCAGGAGGAACUGAUUGCCCUCAAGAAGAAUCACGAGGAUGAGAUGAGCCAGCUGACUGGACAGAACUCUGGAGAUGUCAAUGUGGAGAUGAAUGCUGCUCCUAGCAGAGAUCUCACCAAGAUCCUCAAUGACAUGCGUGAGGAAUAUGAGCGAAUCAGUGCUAAGAAUCGUAGGGACAUUGAGGAGCAAUAUGAGACUCAGAUGAGCCAAAUGGAGCAGGAAGUGAUGAGUAGUGGCCAGGAGAUGGAGUCCAACCACAAGGAGGUGACCCAGCUCCGGCACAGCAUCCAGGAGAUGGAGAUUGAGCUGCAGUCUCAGCUCAGCAAGAAAUCGGCCCUGGAGAAAUCCUUGGAGGACACCAAGAACCACUACUCUGGCCAGCUGCAGCAGUUGCAGGAGCAGAUCAGGAGCCUGGAGGGCCAGAUCACUGAGAUCCGGGGAGAAAUUGAGUGCCAGAAUCAGGAAUAUAGCCUUCUGCUCAACAUCAAGACACGGCUGGAGCAGGAAAUUAAGACCUACCACAGUCUCCUUGAGGGUGGCCAGGAGGACUUUGAAUCUCAUGAAUCUGGACAAAGUCAUUUUGGAAGUGGCGGAAAUAGACAGCAAGGUGGAAGUGGAGGCAGUCAUGGAAGAGGAUCCAGGGGAGGGAGUGGUGGCAGCUAUGGUGGAAGAAGUAGUUCUGGAGGAGGGAGUGGAGGCAUCCAUGGAGGAGGAAGUGGUGGCAGCUAUGGUGGAGGAAGUAGUUCUGGAGGAGGAAGUAGAGGCAGCCAUGGAGGAGGAAGUGGUGGCAGCUAUGGUGGAGGAAGUAGUUCUGGAGGAGGGAGUGGAGGCAAGGGAGGAAGUGGAGGCAGCUAUGGUGGAGGAAGUAGUUCUGGAGGAGGAAGUGGAGGCAGGGGAGAAAGUGGAGGCAGCCAUGGAGGAGGAAGUGGUUCUGGAGGAGGAAGAGGUGGUGGCUGUGAAGAAGGAAGUGGAUCUGGAGGAAGAAGUGGUGGCAGCUAUGGAGGAGGAAGUGGAUCUGGAGGAGGAAGUGGUGGCAGCUAUGGUGGAGGAAGUAGUUCUGGAGGAGGAAGUGGUGGCAGCUACGGUGGAGGAAGUAGUUCUGGAGGAGGAAGUGGUGGCAGCUAUGGAAGUGGUGGCAGCUACGGUGGAGGAAGUAGUUCUGGAGGAGGAAGUGGUGGCAGCUAUGGUGGAGGAAGUAGUUCUGGAGGAGGAAGUGGAGGCAGGGGAGGAAGUGGAGGCAGCCAUGGAGGAGGAAGUGGUUCUGGAGGAGGAAGAGGUGGUGGCUGUGAAGAAGGAAGUGGAUCUGGAGGAGGAAGUGGUGGCAGCUACGGAGGAGGAAGUGGAUCUGGAGGAGGAAGUGGUGGCAGCUACGGAGGAGGAAGUGGAUCAAAAGGUGGAAGUGGAAGAUCAUCUCAGGUCCAGUCCUCUUCCUCCAAAUCUGGUGAAUGUGAUGAUACACAAGGCUACCACAUUCGAUACUAGAGCUCCUGUAAACUCUCCUGGCCCUGCCCCAGCCAAGUAUUCUCCAGACAGGCAGCCCCCAGAUGAAGCCUGCUCAUUGUCUUCUGGCAUCAGAAAUAGCUGGCAACAAGGCCCAGAGCUCAUGUGGAACUGGGCUGAGUGGGCAUGUGUACCCUUGGGAGGGUUGGGGAGAUCUCUCUUCAACUGUUUGGUCUGGG